CCGCGGUCCCGGAGGUUUCUCUGCACAACAAGAUGGCGGCGGCGGCGGCAAGCGGAGCUGGCGGGGCUGCGGGGGCCGGGGCCGGGGGAGUCGGUCCGGCUGCCCGCCUGCUGCCCCCGCCCGCUGCCGGACCCCCGGCCGCGCCCGCCCCGGUGCCUUCGGCUGGCCCCCCGCGCCCCCCAGCCCCGGCCCCCCGCGGGCCGAUGCCUGCCCGCAUCGGCUACUACGAGAUCGACCGCACCAUCGGCAAGGGCAACUUCGCCGUGGUCAAGCGGGCCACGCACCUCGUCACCAAGGCCAAGGUUGCUAUAAAGAUCAUAGAUAAGACGCAGCUGGAUGAAGAAAACCUCAAGAAGAUUUUCCGGGAAGUUCAGAUUAUGAAGAUGCUCUGUCACCCACAUAUCAUCAGGCUGUACCAGGUUAUGGAAACAGAGCGGAUGAUUUAUUUGGUGACAGAAUAUGCUAGUGGAGGAGAAAUAUUUGAUCACUUGGUUGCCCAUGGUCGAAUGGCAGAGAAAGAAGCUCGUCGGAAGUUCAAGCAGAUUGUGGCUGCUGUCCAUUUCUGCCAUUGCCGGAACAUUGUUCACAGGGACUUGAAAGCAGAAAACCUGCUUCUGGAUGCCAAUCUGAACAUCAAGAUAGCAGAUUUUGGGUUCAGUAACAUCUUUACCCCAGGGCAGUUACUGAAGACCUGGUGUGGGAGUCCCCCAUAUGCUGCCCCUGAGCUCUUUGAAGGAAAGGAAUAUGAUGGGCCCAAAGUGGAUAUUUGGAGCCUUGGAGUAGUCUUAUAUGUGCUCGUCUGUGGUGCCCUGCCAUUUGAUGGGAGCACCCUCCAGAAUCUUCGGGCCCGGGUGCUCAGUGGAAAGUUCCGGAUUCCAUUUUUCAUGUCCACAGAAUGUGAGCACUUGAUCCGCCACAUGCUGGUGUUAGACCCAAGUAAGCGCCUCUCAAUGGAGCAGAUCUGCAAGCACAAAUGGAUGAAACUGGGAGAGGCUGAUCCCAACUUCGACAGGUUAAUAACUGAAUGCCAGCAUCUGAAGGUAGAAAGACAAAUGGAACCUCUGAAUGAAGACGUUUUGUUGGCCAUGGUGGAAAUGGGACUGGAUAAGGAACGAACACUACAGUCAUUAAGGACAGAUGCCUAUGAUCACUACAGUGCGAUCUAUAGCCUACUGUGUGAUCGGCUUAAGAGACAUAAGAAUCUGCGUAUUGGAGCGCCUCCCAGUGUACCUAGAACCAUGACCUUCCCAGCACCAGCUACUAUCCAGGCGGAGCAAGCAGGUACCACUGUAAGCAUCAACGUUCCCCAGGUGCAGCUUAUCAACCCAGAAAACCAAAUUGUGGAGACGGAUGGGACAAUGAACUUGGACAGUGAUGAAGGUGAGGAGCCAUCUCCUGAAGCUCUGGUCCGGUACCUUUCAAUGAGGAGGCACACAGUGGGCGUAGCUGACCCUCGCACGGAAGUCACAGAAGAUCUUCAAAAGCUCCUUCCGGGCUUUCCUCGAGUCAGCCCCCAGGCUCCAUUCCUCCAAGUAGCCCCUAACAUGAAUUUCGUGCACAACCUACUCCCUAUGCAAAAUCUGCAACCAACUGGGCAGUUAGAGUACAAGGAGCAGUCCCUGCUGCAGCCUCCUACUCUACAACUGCUGAAUGGGAUGGGCCCCCUUGGCCGGAGGGCAUCAGAUGGAGGUGCUAACAUCCAGCUGCAUGCCCAACAACUGCUGAAGCGCCCAAGGGGACCCUCCCCUCUGGUCACCAUGACACCAGUGAGUAGUAGUACAGAGCCAGGCGGAUCACUGACUUUUUCAGAGGUCUUCCGUACAAAGGCAGUGCCAGCAGUUACCCCUGUGGAUGAGGAAAGCUCUGAUGGGGAGCCAGAUCAGGAAGCUGUACAGAGAUACUUGGCAAAUAGGUCCAAAAGACAUACACUGGCCAUGACCAACCCAACAGCUGAGAUCCCUUCGGACCUGCAGCGGCAGCUAGGACAGCAGCCUUUCCGUGCCCGGGUCUGGCCGCCUCACCUGGUACCUGAUCAGCAUCGCUCUGUCUACAAGGACUCCAACACCCUACACCUUCCCACAGAGCGUUUCUCCCCCGUGCGCCGGUUUUCGGAUGGGGCAGCAAGCAUCCAGGCCUUCAAAGCUCACCUGGAGAAGAUGGGCAACCACAGCAGCAUCAAACAGUUGCAGCAGGAGUGUGAGCAGCUGCAGAAGAUGUAUGGGGGGCAGAUUGAUGAGAGAACACUUGAGAAGACCCAGCAGCAACAUAUGUUAUACCAGCAGGAGCAACAUCAUCAGAUUCUCCAGCAGCAAAUUCAGGAUUGUAUCUGUCCUCCUCAACCCUCUCCACCUCUUCAGGCUACAUGUGAAAACCAGCCAGCCCUUCUGACCCACCAGCUCCAGAGGUUACGGAUUCAGCCCUCAAGUCCUCCCCCCAGCCACCCCAACAACCAUCUCUUCAGGCAGCCCAGUAAUAGCCCUCCCCCAGUCAGCAGUACCAUCCUCCAGUCUCAUGGUGCUGCCUCUCCUUCCCAGUUUCAAGGCUUGCCAUCCCGAAGUGCAAUCUUCCAGCAGCCUGGGAACUGUUCUCCUCCCCCCAAUGUGACACUGACCUGCAUGGGCCUACAGCAGCCUGCCCAGUCUCAGCAGGUGACCAUCCAGGUACAAGAGCCACCUGACAUGCUCAGCAACAUGCCAGGGGCAUCAGCAACUGGGCGGGGCAUGUCCCUCAACUCCUGUGCCAGUCAGAUUCAGAUGCAGCACCGUGCCAACCUGAUGGCCUCCCUCACAUAUGGGCACCGCCCAUUGUCCAAGCAACUGAGUGCCGACAGUGCAGAGGCCCACAGCUUGAACAUGAAUCGGUUUUCCCCUGCUAAUUAUGACCAGGCACAUUUACACCCCCAACUGUUUUCGGACCAGUCCCGGGCCUCUCCCACCAGCUACAGCCCAUCCACAGGAGUGGGCUUUCCUCCAACCCAAGCCCUGAAAGUCCCUGCACUUGACCAGUUCCCUACUUUCCCUUCAAGCGCACAUCAGCAGCAGCAGCACUACACCACAUCGGCACUGCAGCAGGCCCUGCUGUCCCCAACACCGCCUGACUAUCCAAGACACCAGCAGGUCCCCCACAUCCUCCAAGGACUGCUAUCUCCCCGGCACUCGCUCACAGGCCACUCGGACGUUCGGCUGCCUCCGGCAGAGUUUGCACAGCUCAUUAAAAGGCAGCAACAGCGACAGCAACAGCAAGAAUUACAAGAAUUGUUCAGGCAUAUGAACCAAGGGGACGCUGGGAGCCUGACUUCCAGCCUAGGGGGACAGAGUAUGUCAGAGUGUCAGGCUUUGUCUUUGCCUUAUCAGAACACUGACUCUUAUCACCACCACCAUCAUCACCACCACCACCACCAUACCAGCCCCCAGCAUCUCUUACAAAUCAGGGCACAAGAAUGUAUCUCACAGGUUCCCUCGCCCACCCCGGCUCAUGGGUACGCACACCAGCCGGCGCUGAUCCACUCAGAGAGCAUGGAGGAGGACUGUUCAUGUGAAGGGGCCAGGGAUUGCUUUCCAGACAGUAAGAGUUCAAACACUUUGACCAAAGGUUGCCAUGAGAGCCCCCUGCUAUUGAAUACAGGUGGGCCUGGAGACCCCGAAUCUUUGCUAGGAACUGUAAGCCAUGCACAGGAAAUGGGGGUGCAUCCAUAUCGACAUCAGCCAGUGACUGGAUUCAGUAGAAAUAAAGUGCCCAGCAGAGAAUCUGUCAUAGGGAACUGUAUGGACAGGAGUUCUCCCGGACAAGCUAUGGAGCUGCCUGAUCAUAACGGGUUGGGUUAUUCAACACGCUCCCCUGUCAAUGAACAUCACAGGCCCCGGACCCUACAGAGACAUCACACUAUCCAGAACAGCGAUGACGCCUAUGUGCAGCUGGAUAACCUGCCUGGAAUGAGUCUCAUGGCUGGAAAAGCACUAAGCUCUGCUCGGAUGUCUGAUGCUGUCCUCAGUCAGUCUUCACUCAUGGGGAGCCAGCAGCUUCAGGACAGGGAAAGUGAGGGCUGUAGGGAGAGUUUGGAAGGUCAAGAGCCCUCAGACCUGACCGACGGCAACCAGCACUUACCCAACUCUUGUUAUCCAUCUACAUGUAUUACAGACAUCCUGCUGAGCUACAAGCAUCCAGAGGUCUCCUUCAGCAUGGAGCAGGCUGGGGUGUAACAGGAAGCUAGGUGUUUUGUGUACAGCUUGGGAAUUUUAAAAUUUCAUUUUAAACCCACAGUAUCUAGCAGCAUCGCGCCAAAUUGCCAUUGUAUUUUUCCCCGGCUAUCCAGUCCAUCCGUGUGCUGUUCCUUGGGGUUCAGAGGGUGUUCUGUCAUGUUUGCCUGUAUGACCCCGCCACCGAGGAAAUAAAUGGGAAAUGCGAGUUCUCCGCUCCUGGCAAAUGCGUAUCUGAGUUUGGUGUUUUCUUUCGGAGGUUCUUCUUUUCUGCCUUCUCAGAGACAGGAGGGAUGAUUGGGGUGUGGAUGGACGCCGAGGGUCUCUGAGCCACCGCCCAAAGCAGUCCUCCAAGAGGCCCCCUCAUCCUGGCCAGCGUCGUCAGACGCCAGGAACAAAUAUGGAGGACAGCCACCUCUACAGUCUACAUGUUAGGGGAUGGAUGGGAAGGGGGAACAGGGCGGGAUCUAGCAUUGGCAAGCAAUAAGCAAAACUUAGGCAACCCUCGCCCUGUGAGUCUUCACUGCUGAGACCCUCCAAAAAGAUUUGCCCAGCCUGGCAGGCUAUUAACAGAAAGCCAAAGUCCUACCACAGUCCUGGUAUUGAGGCUGGGGGUAGCCUCACUUCACCUCCUUCAGGGGGCAUGUUUGUGGCACACAGAACCCCUCUUGUCACCUUCAGAGCUGGUUGUCUUUACCAUCCAUCCCUUUGAUAAACCAUCCCUUCUACCCACAGACAGUUAGAACACCCAGAAGUGGUGCAAUCCGCUUUUUGUGGCAUCUUUUGUUCUCCUUAUUUUUUAUUGCUCUAAAAGGAUUGUUUUUCCAUACAUAUACAUGUAUGUAUAUAUGUGUGUGUACAUGCAUAUACAUACAUAUAUGUAUAUAUACAUAUAUAUUUACCUUUUCCUUUCAAACUCUGCCCUCCCUCCAGCCUCCUUGCCACAGCAAGAACAGGAGGUUCUCUUGGAUCCCUCCUCAGUCCCUACCUCCUACCAUCCUCAGCCCCCUUUUCUUCUUGAUCAUGUAGGAAUUGUUUUUGGUAAAUGUUGUUAUUGUUAUUAUUAUUAUUAUUGUUAUUAUUAUUAAUAAAGACAAAAGGAAUUUCUGUUUAAAAGAGAAAUGUUUAACUAGAUUCUGUUCUAUUUGAAUUGUGACUUGCACCUUUGUUCAAAAGUAUUUUUAUUUCCUUUUAACGACACUGUAAUCGUGAGCACUUCUUACUGGUGCCCUCCGCGGACACAGUACAUACGCCGUGGCUCCCGUUCAUCCUUCUCCUCUUCUCUUCGCUUUACUAUUAGAAACCAAAGCCUUCUCCGCUGGCGGGGGCUGGGAGAGUAUAUGGGCUCAUCUCCUUUUGAACAUUUCGGGGGGGGGGAUCAUUUUUUUUUUAAGGAGACUUGACUCUUGAUCCUGUUAUUUUUUUCCCUCCGGGGAAAGGAGAGGAAAACAUCCCUAGUCCCUUCCCAAGACCUUCUCCUGACUUUGCACAGAAGGAAAUGUGAGACCAGCGUGGCUGAUGCAAUGCUGCUGACAGGUUACCUCUCCUCACUCCCAUUUCAAAUCUCAAACCUGCCUGCCUGCUCCUUCACGCCCUUCCACCUUUAGCCAGCACUGAACCAUUCUUCAGGUAGAAAAAGAACAUUGGACACCCUGGAGCCCUAGCAAUAUCUCCCCACAGGUGGAUUUCUCCAGCUUGGGGAGUUUCUUUGGGUAUCUCACGUGUUCCAUUUCUUUGACCUGUCCAGGAGUGAGAUCCCAGUUUCUACUCUUAAUUGUGACUUCUUUGCCUGCCCAGCAGGAAGGUACCAAGAAAACACUGAAAGCAUUUGUUUGACUUUUCCAUAUCUGUGUUUGUUUUCUCUCUCUCUCUCUCUCUCUCUCUCUCUCUCUCUCUCUCUCUCUCUCUCUCUCUCGUAGUUCCUCUCCCCCUCCACCCCCCCACUCUGUUUUGUUUACAUGAUAUUGUAUUUCUGGGAAAGCAAACUGCCCCCCUCUAGCAAAUCCAGAUGAAAGCCAGUGAGUUUAUUAACUGUGCCAUCUUGCAUACCACACUUUUUUUUUAAUCAUUGCUUUGUAUUGUAGUAACCAAUAUGCGCAGUAUAUGUUGAAUGUAUAUUGAUAUACUUUGCUAUUACUUCUGUUAUUUGGAAAUGUCAUGAGUAUUUUUUUCUUUCUCAUUUAUGUUGGACUGAAAAAGGAAAAAAAAAAAAGAUUUGAGCAAAACCCACCCCCAGACCCAAGUUGCAGUCAGAAGACCUUUAGUCCACUGGUUUUUUUGUGGGACACUUACAACUAAUAACCUAGUUGAACAAUGGGGAACCGUGAUAAAUAAAAACCUGGUUAUGAUCUUA